CCGCUUUCGCGCUUGCGUAGUUGGCUACAGCUGCAAUUGGACUACAUAUGACCGUCUUCCAUGGUAGCAACCUUUAUUCAUCCAUGGUAGCAACUUUUAGAACUUAAUUUUUAAUGGAAGUCGGCCAAGUGAACGCCUCAAAACAUCAUGGUCAAAAUCCACCCAUCAAUUGUUCAGGUGGGGGGCCGGUUCGAAAUACAGUCCCCAAAUCUCAGCAAGACAUUGUUUCACUGCCUUCUGUGUCCCAAAUUCAAGCCAACUAGCAGCAGGAAGAUCCAGAGACACAUGGAUGCCCAUAUCAAGACUGCAUUGCAUGUUCAAGACAACAUCAUUUGCAGAUGCAACCAGCAGUGCAGACCAGUGGGUCAUUAUCACUGCCCCUACUGUGAAAAAACAAUUAUACGGAAGGAAUGUAUGGAAACUCAUGUUUUUGGAUGCCAAAAUAAACCUCCCCCACCGCUGACAUUGGCACCACCCUUAUUUCCAUUAGCAUCAUCACAGCUGUGCAUUCCUGCUUCCCAGGAGAUUACAAGACUCCCAUGUCCUCCUACGAUUUCAGCAGAACCCCCUUCUCCAUCUGCGACAUCAGCAUUACCUGACUUAGAGCCUCAUUCAACCCCCCUGGAUCUGCUGGAGGAGCCCAUGGAGUCUAAUGCAUCAGCAGUAGAUCAAGACCAUUGUUACACGCUUCCACUCCCAGUUUCUCUCCACUCCCCUAUAGCUUCACCAGUAUCCGAUGAUAUUCCCUCAGCUUCACAACCAGAGGCCUCUAGCACAGAUGCCUGUUCACCUGAGGCGUCAGUCGAGGCUGCUGCAGCGUCUUACGACACAGUGAAACUGCCAUCUUACGGUGUCAGAAGUUUAAAGUUGGUGUGGUGCCCUCACUGCUCGCUUCGUCUUUACAAGAAAAACCUGGGUGCCCAUAUACAGAGGAAGCAUGCAGGGCUAAAGGAUAUUACUGCUGCUUCACAUCUAAAAAAUGUAUGUGUUGAUGAAACACGGGGAAUAUUUGCUGUCCAAAAAGUUUCUCAUGGGUUCUCUGUGCCGAUACAUGUACAACGUAAAACAUGGGGAAAUCAUCAUCAGAUAAGGUGUGGGUUGGAGGAAUGUCAUAAGUAUCAGUCGCUUGCAAAGCAGAGUGGGCUAAUUUACAGUCUGUGUGAGCACAUUCGAUCACUGGAUUACUGCAGCAAGAUUGCGCACGAGGAGUUUCUUAAACCAGGGGUUCUUGAAGAGUUGGUGUCUCUGCAUAUUGUCGAAGAAUCUAUGAUGGCAACCUGCAAAUUGAGGCAAAAAGCAGCGGAGAAAGACCACAUGCCUUUUUCUGUGUUGGUGGAUUUGGGAGGUUCCACACAUCAACUUUGUCUCUCUGUUCAUGAGGCCAAAAUACGCACUUUCUCCUGCUUUGGCAGAGUUAUAGUCACUUUUAACUUGAAAAAACACACCUGGCAUUGCCCCUGUACAAACCCUCAUAAAUCAUGUCCACAUAAGAGCAUCGGUAAAUGGCACAUAUUCCAAACCAGGAAAGAUCUCCUGCCUGCAGCAACUCAAGAGACAUCUCACUCUUAUAUUCAUCCUGCUACCACUGAGCUGGAGAGAAGUGUGAGAUACACUUUUGCAGAGAAGAAAAUACCAGCAAUGCUUCCUGGAGACGCCACAGCUCCAAGAGCUCUGACAGAUUAUCCUGUAUGUUUGAUUCCUACUGAAGAAACAUGCAAGCUCUGUCUAGGCCAUCCCAGACUAGAAGAUGGUUUUCUCAUUACAGACAAAGCUGCAAUAGUAGGCAUGAGCGGUGUAAAUCACAACAUCUCGACCUAUAAUAAAAGAUGCCCCCAAUGCCACAUGGACUACCGGUACCAGGAGUGGCGAGAUGGUCUCCACAACUUCAAUGACCGUGUCAUUCUGACUCUAGAGCUUUGCCUCUAUAUGCGGCAUGGCUUACAGAGUCAUGUGUCAGUGUCCAGAAUGAUCAGUUGUUUGGAGAGUUUUCGGGGCCAAAAAUUUCCUGCGGUUAACAUCAUUUUCCGAGCAUAUUGUCACUUUGAGGCACUAAACAACACAGAGUACAGUUACUCCUGUGUAAUUUGUGGCUUUUUCCCUGCUGUUGUCACCAUGGACCUCCACAGAAGCAGAGGAGCCAAACUGGAGGUGAGUGAGCUAAAAACACCCCCUGAAGACUUUGAUGGACAACACAACAUAGAGGACUUCUGGGACUCUGUACAUCUGGAAAUGAUUAGUCAAGGCUUUUUUCCCAGCUCCUCAACAAAUCCAUUUGUGGUUCAUCCAUGUUAUGAACACUGGGCUCCUUGGAUUGGGAAGGAAACCCGCAAAUCUGAUAGUGUCCUCAACACCGAAUUCAAAAAGAUUCCAACAUCUGAGACAGAGGGAGAACUGAGCAGUGUAACUGCAGACCGCCUUUGUGACGAGUUGCUCAAACAAAAUGAAGCAACUCUCCAACAUCUGUGCAAAAGUUGCGGUGUUGAAGCGAGUGGAUCUCGUGCAGAUUUGAUCUUCCGGCUGAGGGAGAAACUGAAGAAUCAGCAGACCUAUGUCAAUGUGUAUCAGUCUAUUUGGGGUGCCUCUGGUGGAUGGUCUGUAGUUGCAUGCCCACAUGGCAUUGUUUACAGUCUAAAAUUCAACCUGCUGACAGAAAGUCCAAGAGAUUUCGCCGACCUUCUUUUGUCAUGGAAACAUUUCCCAAAUGUCUGCCUGUAUGACUCUGCACAUGGUUUGGCAACACACACAAAUUCACGAGUUGCUGACAAUCCCCCAUUUCAUCCACAUGAAGGAAAACCAGCUGCCCCCACAAAGGAGAACUUGGCUAAAGCUGUUUGUCGAAAACUGAAAGUGCCCCUGCCAUGGCUCAGAGAAAAAUUAGAGAAUUCAGAAGAAAAUGGACAUCCAAUAACUGGGACAAGCCACCAUUAUGCACUUCAUGACAAACUCCAUCAGAGUAACACAAAAGACCCACAUGAUGCGUUGCGAAGGGUUGAUCUUGUACCUGAACUCCAGGAUUAUGUAAAAAGUAAGGCAGUGAAACAUCUUUUUGCUGACAUGAGAAAAAACAGUUAUUUUCUCAACAGCAUGGCACCCUCCACACACAUGUUCCUGAUGAGAAACCUGAUCGAAUACAGGAACGCAUUUUGUAACACACAACUUAUGGAAAUCCAGUUAAAGUGAGAUCAGCAACACUGUUAUGUAUGACAUAGGCCGAAAUACCAUGGGUUACUGUCAUUUUGCUAGUUAUUAGAUAGAAACUGCAUACUGAUGCCAAGGAUAAGACUAACUAUAUUCUUGCUUACAGCUGGGUACUGUAGUUUUUAGCAAACAUACUCAGGCAGGAUAGUAGUGUAGAAAAAACAGAGUGCAUUUGUUGGGGACUAUUUUCAGAUGCUGAUUUGGUACACUAAUGAUCCGAAUGAGCAAGACAAUUUAUGUGGGACUGACUCAAAUAAUCCACAGUGGCUGUGUUCAUGGUAAUGAAGGAACAUUACAUCCUUCUAACAUACUUGUUAGAAGGAUCAAUUCAUUGUUGGUUUUAGACUUUUCUAGUCUUUGGCUGAUAAUAAGAAUAUAGAAUAUCACCAGUCUUAUGCUUUAAUGACACUGGUCUCCUCAUUGUAACAACAGUUCUCAUAUUUUUUUUAUAGUUUUUAAUGCUGUGGUUUGAUUUUUGAUAUUCCACUAAAAGUAUUGUGAAAAUAUAAUAACAUGAAGCAUGUAUACUAGGUAUACAUACUGUACAGUAUGAUGGUACACGUGUAUCUUUUCAUACCAUUAGAAGAUAGCACAUUCCUAAGUUAACUGUUAGCACUUACAGUGCUAUGUUAAAAUUUGCACACCCCUUAAUUUAUGGCACAUUUUCUUCUACUACAACGAAGUACUUGAAUAUUGUGAGGUCUAUACACUGUUUUUCUGUUUCACAAGAAACUAUUGUUCAAAUGCGUAAUAUAUUUAUUGAGAAUUGUUUUUACUGAGAAGUAUUUUUUGAAAAUGUCUGCUGCUCACGUCUUUUUCAGGUCGAAAAUAAUGUGAGUCAAAUAGCAUAAUUUCAGGACUGUUUGCUUUUCAAAAGGGAUAUUUCAAUUUAUUCAUAUUGCUAGCUGAGAGGUUUGGAAAGGAAUUUUAUGAUGAUUCACCCAUGAGUCAAAAUAAAGAAAUAGUUCAUGGUUUCAGCAGAAACAGCACGUUGAAGACAGUGAAAAACCAUAUUACAGUUUCAUGAAGAAAUAUCAACCUUUAUCUAUGCUUGUAGCUUUUCUAACAAUAUUCAUCUGUUCAUACAUUUUGUACAAUAAUACAUGUAUUAUAUAUUUCCA